GAAGUUCGUCCGAGUUGAUUAGGUUCAUUGGAGGGCCAAGUGUUGGUGAUAUCAGGAGCCGUCUCGUCCGCCUGAUCCCAAACCCCUCCAAUAACCAAGAAAAAGCCGCCCUCAAAGCGCUCUUCGAGUACCGUCUCCCCGGUGAUCCAUCAAAAGCCCGUAUAGAAUGGCUCGACAUCGUCGAAGCCCGCCACCUUCUCUGGGCCUACAUCUCGUCUCCCAAACGAGAACUCAUCCGGUCCAUCCUCAACACCUUGAACCUCGAGAUCGUCAAGCGAACCCGACCAACGUCCACCUUCAACUUCGCCGAAGCCUCCAUCGGCAACAUGUUCCUGACCGGCGCCCGCAUCUUCUCCGGCUCCUUUGAGUCCGCCAUUUACCUCCUCUCCAUGAUCUGCUCCAUCCCGCCCAACGUCAGUGUCCUCCCUGCCAUCAACUCCAACUUCACGCACCACAUCUCCGCCGGCCUCGAAGACGGCACGACCAUCGCGGGGCAGGUAGCCAUCAGCCACCCGAGCGCGCCCACCGCUUUGCCAGACGACCAUUUGACCGUCCCAUCUACUGCUGGAUCCUCCACCGCCGCCUCCGUAACCACGUCGUCCUUCUCAGCAACCACCACCCCAACCAGACCCACGUUCCCCUCUCUCCCAUCCCGCCCCGGCGCAAGAGCCCGCUCCCAAACCGAAACCGAAGACGCGUCCCUCCCUGGCUCUCUCCCCUCUCUUCGCACGCAAAACAUAUCUUUUAGCAAAUCCGAUUCGGACGAAGCCGACCAGUUGAGUGCACGGAUCGAAAGGGUGUGGUACAUUAAUCCGUACGGGCACGAGAUCUGGCCGAACGCGAAUCCCAAGGUGAUUGAUGCGUUGGCGGGGACGACUAUGGUGGUGUACAGCAUUGGGAGUUUGUGGACGAGUAUUGUGCCUAGUCUGGUGUUGAGGGGGGUGGGGGAGGCUUUGGCUGGUGAUGAGGAGGAGGAGGAGGAGGAUUUUAAUAAGGACGGGGAGGGGGAGCAAGGGCAAGGACAGGCGGAAACAAUGAUGAUGGAAAGGAGGACGACGACGAAUACGACAAAAAGGGUAUUGGUGUUGAACGCGACGAUUGAUCGGGAGACAGGGCCGAAGAGUAAACCGAUGACGGCGACGGAUUUCGUCAGAGCGGUGGCCGAGGCCGGAGAGCAAUCGCGAAGGAGGAGACUACUAAGAAAAUACGUCACGCACCUGAUCUAUCUCGACGGACAAGAAGUAGGUGGACAGCUGGCGAGGACGGGAACAGCGCCACAGGUGGACGUGAAGGAGUUGGAAGGGUUGGGGAUUAAGUGUGUUAGGGUGGAGGGGAGAGUCCAGGAGGAUGGGAAGGAGGUUAGGUAUGAUGAGGGGGGUUUGGGGGAGGCUUUGGAGGGGAUUCUUGAUGAGUGA